AUGGGGAGAAUAAAAAAGGUGGCGGGCCUUAAACAUGAGGCUACAAUCUCUCCCGCUUUGGCUACCUUCGUUCAGCAAACCAUCACAGUUGACAUCCCGGAGCUUCCGUCAUACCUUUCAACCUUUCCCCGCCGAUGGCCUUUCCCACGAGGUGAUCUAUAUCACUGGAUUAGGGUUCUGAACCGUUUUGAUGAGAUCCUCCAGCUUGUAGUAGAAAAGUAUAAUCUCAAAUCGGGACCGCAGACGAAACCAUUUGGCCGCCUUGUCCUUCAAGACACUUGCGUUUCUGCCGGGAUUGCACCAACCACUGGAGCGGCCGAAACCCAUCUGGACAAACUUGGCUUUGGGCCUGAAGGAGAUCGAGAGUUGGUCGAAGCACUCCUAGACUUUUCACGACUCCUGCUCGAGAAAUGUGGCAAUCGGACCCUCUACAGUAGCAGCGACCGCCUAAAUGACCUCCUGAAUACGACCUCACUGUCCCUACUACAAUGUGUUCUUCGUCUGGGUAUUAGCCUCGCCCAGCGGUACUUCUCCAGACAACGGCAAUCAAAUAGCACCCAUUUUCAUCAGAGUUUACUUGCAUCUCACUACAAUAUUGAAUUGGAGCGCGUCGAAAAGCUUGCCGCACCUUUUCCUAAACCGGCCCCUGCAAAACCAGCUGAUGCUUCAUCAAGUUUUAAAGGGAAAGAGAAAGUUACUCACAUACAGGCUAGCCGUCGGGGUUCUGUCGCCAAAUGUAAUGCGAAUGAUCUCAUUGCUCUUACUAAAGAGCCCUCUGAUACCUCAGAACCUGAUGGGCUCCCUGUCAACGAGUGGGAAGAGUGGGGUAGCAUUAGCAUGUCGUAUUACUCUCCUCCAUCAGAUAAUAAUGGACCUGCACCUACAGAAGCACCCGGGAGUACACCGCAUCCUCCAACUACACCGGCUCAUUUGCGCAGAACAUCUACUCAUCCGGGCUCGAGGAUGAAUAGAAGUUCUGCCACUGAUGAUUCGCCAACGGCGGAAGCCCAUUCUCCAGUUCAUAAGCCUGAGGAAGCGACUAGAGGAAUGAAAGUGCGUGAGAUCCCGAGCUCAACAAUAGUAUCUUCAAGAAUAGAGCACGUUUUACAAGAGCACUUGGAAGAUCUUCCCAAGGAUUCUUCAAAAUAUGACUUGUUACAUCGACUCCGCGUUGCAUAUGCCCUUACAUCAUCCACUGAGACCAGACGUCAAAUCCUUGCUAUUAGAGUUCUUGCGGUUACGAACUUGGCAUACAUUUACCCAGAGACUCUUUUCCAACAAAAGGUCCUGUAUCAUGAUGCUGAUGUACCGAAACGCCUGCAACUUUCAUAUCAACUAGCUGAAUUUGUCCAUCUCGGUGCCACUGGUGACAUUACCGCCUCAACACUUAACCAAACUUUCGCGCUCAACUGUCUCGAUGCGCUGGCAAAACAUAAAACUAGAGCUGCAGACGUUUGCGCCGCCCUUAAUGUGAAUGUCAAUCAUGGAAUUCUCAUGUUCCUCACACGGAAAGCGGUGGCAGACCUCGCCGUGGAGGAGAGCCCAGACGACCCACCGGAAGCUGACGAUUGGCGGGAAGCAUUGUUUACCUUGCUUCGAACGCUUCCAAAUUGUGGAACACGGACACCGGAAACUCUCGUGGCGGCGGGAUUGAUCCCUCUGCUCGUCGAUAUUUUGAACCUUAGGACAGAGAAAGCGAGGAGGAUCUAUCCUCGAGUUAUGGAAUUCAUGGACACUUUUGUUCACUCUGUUAGGGAUGCUCUGGCGACACUGGCUGCAGCUAGAGGUUUCCAUGGCAUUUCGGAUUUGAUUUCCUACGAGACGAGAGCAUCCUUUGAUUUAGUGGCUAAGGGACAGGGUAUUCCGGUUCAAUUUAGAACGCCAGCCAUCGACUACCAAGUUCCAUAUUUCCAGCAACAGUCUUUGAGAUGGCUCUUCAAAUUUGUCAAUCAUGUAAUGCAACAUGACAGCGGUGGAUUUGAGCGCUUGCUUCGGAAUCUUAUUGAUUCUCCCCCGCUUCUAACAGCACUCCGUUUGGUUUUGGAGAACGCCCGAAUUUAUGGUUCUCAUGUGUGGAGUGGUGCAGUGAAUAUCUUGAGUCAUUUCAUACAUAAUGAGCCAACUAGCUACGCUGUCAUUGCAGAAGCCGGAUUGAGUAAAAGCCUCUUGGAAGCGGUGACGGGCCGUUCUAUCCCCAGUGAUGCAUCAAAUAACCCUGCUGCUGCUGCUGCUUCUGCUGAAGAAGAAGGUGGUGAUACUCCGACCCAACUGCGGCCUUUUUUCAUUCCCGCACUUGCGGAGCCCAGUGAACAUGAAACCCUCAGAUCCAAAAUUGUCAGACCACCCGAUCGCAAACUUGCUGAGGGUAUAUUGCCUUCGACUGAAGCUAUAGUGUGUAUUCCCCAAGCCUUCGGGGCUAUCUGUCUUAACCAGGGAGGUCUUGAGUUGUUCAGAAAGUCAGAUGCCCUUGAAAGCUUUUUUGAUAUCUUCGAAAGUCCCGAGCACGUGAAAUGCAUGAAAACUGAUUCGAAUCUACUUCGUGUAUUGGGUAACUCAUUCGACGAACUUGUUCGACAUCACCCCCCUCUCAAGUCUGCAGUCAUGAGCUCGGUUUUGCUUAUGGUUGCUCGCGUUACGCAGCAUUGCAAAUCCAAAGCAUGGGAGCGUGGGAUGGGAGCUAAACUCUGGACGGAAGGGGAGGAUGGAAAGCUUUCAGUUGCUGGAGGUCCCUCUUCCUUGGUUGGUGACAUUGGUUCUGCAUUCAGCAACAUUCAUGGUGAGCAGCAAUCUUCAUCAGGAGCAAAGCCUGCGGAUUCUGAGAUGCAGAGUGCCACAGCAACUCCUGAACUGACUUUCCCUAAGCUGGGAAACUGGGACUUCAACGAUGUUGAUAGUCAUGGUCUUUCUGUCCCAAAUUACAUGUUCCCUGUUGUGAGGUUUCUUCAUGCCUUUUUCGAGAACCAUACAAUUUGCAACACUUUCAUCGAAGCUGGAGGGGUUGAGUAUGUCCUCGACUUUGCCACGCUUCAGAGUCUACCGUUUGAUUUCCAUAAUACGGAAGCGAGCCAGCAGUUAACACAGGUGAUCCAUUUGAUGGUCGAGGUGAAGCCACACCUUGUCCUACCCUCUCUUACGAAACGAACCCAAGAUGCUGUUGACCGGUUAGCUCCGUUCUGGCGACACUCUGGCAGUGCCGGAUUUUUCUCUCCAUUGACUCAUUCAAGGAAGCAACAACCCCAAGAUUCUACUGCCAAGAUUCCAGAUUCCGAAGAUGUGAGGGCUACAGGAACAUAUUUCGCGAAGCAUCUCGUGGCUGUUCGUACACUUACGGAUAUCCUUCGCGAAGCAUACACUCCACCAAACUAUAAUACACGGCCUAGCCAACAAACAUCUCCUUUUGUCCAGGUAAAUUUGGCAGAUAAAUAUGUUGCCCUUAUUAAGUCACUUGGGUCAUUGCACUCCGCAUGUGUGUGGGAGGAAAUUUUAUUACAAAAAGACAUGCCGGAACCUUGGAACGAAGCGACUAGAGUUUCUGAAUAUGGGCUUGGUGGAGAGGAGGUGAUUGAACCGCCAAUUACCGCCCCCGCUGACGAUGCGUCUGAACCCGGCGAUGUAGUGUCGGGAAAUGCUGCUGAAAGAGCUGCAACUGUGGUAAAUUCCGUUGCUACACUGCCCAAUGGCGAGGCUAGAUCUCAAAAUUCGGCCCCCCAUUCAUCCCUGAGCGUGGAGAAAAGUGCAGCAUUUAAGAAUGUCAAAACUCUCCGUUACUUGCUCAGUUCUCUUCCAUCCUCGAUAACUGGUUUCUUCCACCUCCUGGGACAUGGGCUUAUCAGCAAACGACGAAUGGAUACCUAUCAACGGCAAAAGGCUGGGACUGUUGCUGAUGCGAUUGCGUCAGUGGUUCUCGAGCAACUUGACCUCGAUGCUGCCAAGAAAGCAUCAUGCGUGAAAGACCGGUUUUCGUACCUCAUCGUCAUCCUGUCUUCGUUUUCUCAGCUGCUAUUUGACACUACUGCCGAACGGCCUCAUUCUCAUUGCCUGACCAUGAUUCUAUCUGCGUUUAAGAAGUUGAAUGGGAUUCAGGCGAUGAAAGAAUUGUGUGGACUAUUCUUGAAUGAAAUCAAGUCUCUCGGUCCCCAAGCACCCGUGAAUAGUAACUCAAGAGAUGUCCCUGCACGCCUUGCUUCCGCAUAUGGGGGUAUCAAGAUCAUUCUGAAUUUCUUUUCCGAGAUGACGUCCGCUCAAUAUAUAAUAGACUCAUCGCAGACUCAGGCGAUGGCAAGCACCAGUGGAGAUAGGGAUCGCCCUGACUAUUUCCUUCCUGCGCAGUUCUUGGUUGAAUUACGGAUGGAAGUCAUUCCCAUGGUGCAGGAAAUGUGGAGUUCGGGCUUUGUCGAGGAAGCGUCCAGUUCUAUUUUGAAAUCUCUGAUUGAUAUUCUCCGGUCGGUACUUGAAAGUGAAUACGAAAUGGGAGCUUUCCGUCGUGGUGAAACCCUCCCUCCCCUUGUAUCUGUGACACCAAAAACCUUCACCUGCCAUAGGGACCGUUUGUCUACAUUGAAGGAAAACGGGCAUGAUGAGAGCCUUGCCCGGGAGGCCCUCUACCGGUGCAACAACUCUGCUUCUGCCUCCGAGGAAUACUGCACUAGCCAGCUUGGUCUUCGGCCGCCACCUAGGAGCCCAAUCCCUCCCAAUGAUCUAGAACAGACAACAGCUAGCAGUUCAUCUCGCCGUGACAGCAUCUUUGGUAAUCUUGGAAGCCCACAGCAGCAAUUGGACAAUGCUUUAGCCACGCCGUCUGCCCAGACCGAUCUUGCGUCGUUGCUGGGUCAUAUUGCCCAACCAAAUACGAACGAGGAAAGUAUAACGAGCCUCGCGGAAAAUACCGUUCCCAAUCAAAUUGUACAAGGUGACAAUGCUAUUACGAGCACUAGCGGACUUCUGGCUAUGAGCAUCGACAAUAUUCUCAAUGACCAGGAAGAGCCACGUAGUGAAGAUAGCAACACCCUUUCUCGGCGUGCGGAGAAUGCUGCUCGAUCUCAGCCCACCAGCCCACCUACUCCUUCCCCAAAACGACGAGAAGUAGUCGCCAUUGAGGACCUUGACAUGGAGCGCGAUAAAGUGCGAAGCAACCUGAUCGAGCGGUGUCUCGAUGUGCUCAAUGUUCAUCAUGACAUCACUUUCGAGCUCUCUGAUCUUAUUGGGUCUGCCACUGCAAAACUCCGUGAUCCGGUUAACUUCCGCCGGGAGGUUGGUGAGACGCUGAUGCACUUCCUGAUUUCUCUCCAGAUGGAAGAGAACUUCCAAUCUGCGGGAAAGAAAAUCGCUGCAUAUGCUGGCUUGUUAGCCUUGGUACUGCAGGACCGCGAAGUGUAUGAAGCUACGCUGGAAGAGCUCAAGGAAAAUUUCUCGAGUCUGCUUGGCUUUAUCAACAUUCCUUCCUUCUCAUCUGAAAAGCCCACGGAAGAAUCUUGUCCAUGGAUACCCCAAGUCUUGCUAAUCCUUGAAAAGAUGCUUUCAGAUGAUGCAACCCCAACAUUAAUCCGAUGGAACCCACCAAACUCUGAUUCUCCUGCGGCACCAGAAGAGCCAGCAGCACUAGAAGAGUUGGUCGUUUCGCUUUCGAAUAAGAUGGAGCUUUUUCAGGCAAUGGUCGAUAUUCUACCUCGGAUUGGGAAAGACGAAACCCUCGCGCUAUCCGUUGUCCGUAUACUCGUUAUCUUGACCCGUGAAAGGGAAAUUGCUGUGCGAUUAGGGGAGAAACGUAACCUUCAACGUCUAUUUGUCAUGAUCAAGCAAUUGGCCGGUGCUUCAGAUGAAAAGCUUCAAAAUGCAUUUAUGGUCAUCCUGCGACAUAUAAUUGAAGAUGAUGAUACCGUUCGCCAAAUAAUGAGAAGUGAAAUUGUUGCUGGCUUCGAGAGUCGGUCACCAAGGCAGACAGACACUACAGGAUACGUUCGUCAAUUCGCGCAUCUAAUCCUGAGGAAUCCUGCCUUGUUUGUGGAGGUUACAAAUGAAAAGGUAAAACUACAGAGAUACGAUUCACAUCAACGACCACAACUACUGGUCCUGAAGUCCGAACCAACAAAUGAUGUGCUUUCUGGGCGUGAUGAGACCUCUUCCCGCCAGGAUGAUACUGAAACUGCGAGCAAAUCGGAAACUUUGGAGGCGCUUACUGAGCCUCAAGAUGCGCGGGCGUCUGAGGGCAAAGAUGUCAAGGAAAAGGGCAGAGCCGUCGAACUAAAAGCGCCUGUUAUUGAACACCCUGACGGCGUGAUUCACUAUUUGCUCUCUGAACUUCUCUCGUACCGCGAUGUCGAGGACAAAGAGUCGCCCGUUGAGCCUUCCGAAAGGACAACACCUCGUACAGAAACCCAAGGUGAUAUUGAAAUGGCCAGCGGACCAGCCUCACCUACCUCAACAACUUCGGGAAACCAGACGACUAAGCCCCCCAAGAAGUCUGAUAAGCCACAAUUUAAGGCAGACGAGCACCCGAUCUACAUUUACCGCUGCUUCCUGCUCCAGUGCCUGACUGAGCUCUUGUCAUCGUAUAAUCGUACGAAGGUAGAAUUUAUCAACUUCUCUCGCAAGGCUGAUCCCUUUGCUACUGCUCCAUCAAAGCCUCGCUCCGGUGUCUUGAACUAUUUGCUGAAUUCUCUGGUCCCCAUCGGCACUCUGGAGCACAGCGAAUCGAUCUUCUUCAAAAAGCGUGUCAAUACGUCUAACUGGGCGAUGCGGGUGAUUGUGGCUCUUUGCGCCAAGACAGGGGAGUUCAGCGCGCCAUCCAGGCGUCGUACCGUUCCAGAUGGCGAUAACGAGCCCGAUCUCUUGUUCGUCCGCAAGUUUGUUUUAGAGCACGCUCUGAAAUCAUACAAAGACGCCAAUGUAUCUAACGAACCUCUCGAUACUAAAUAUGCCCGACUCUUGAGUUUAGCCGAUCUAUUUGACAAGAUGCUUUCUGCGACAUCCAGUGCAGACGGAACCACUCAUUACCCAUCAUCUACUCGCCAGGUUGCAAAAAUUAUGUUUGAAAAGCAUUUUAUUUCUGCCUUUACCGCAUCCAUAUCCGAUAUAGAUCUCAAUUUCCCUCCUGCAAAGAGAGCGGUUAAAUAUAUCCUUCGGCCGCUGAACAAACUUACUCAAACCGCUGUCUUACUGAGCGAAAGUUCGAGCAUUCAAACCACCCCAGGGCAGACUGAUGAAGAUGAUAUAUCUUCCGCAACCUCUGUAUCUGACGUAGAAGAUGAACGUGAGGAAACCCCAGACCUCUUCCGAAACUCCACGCUUGGCAUGUUUGAGCCGAAUCAUGAGGAGGAGACCAGCAGUGAAGAAUCGGAGGAUGACGAAGAGAUGUACGAUGACGAGUACGAUGAAGAAAUGGAUUAUGAAGAUGACUUGCCUGAGAAUGAUGGAGAGGUUGUCAGUGACGAUGAAGACUUGGAUGAACGAGGACCUAUUGAAGGGCUGCCUGGAGAUUCGGGCAUGGAUAUUGAAGUCCUCAUCGAAGGGGAUGACGAUGACGACGAGGAUGAGGAGGACGAUGAUGAUGAAGAUGAAGAUGACGAGGAUGACGAGGAUGACGAUGACGAUGACGAUGACGAUGAUGAAGAUGAGGAAGGCUCAUCUGCUAUGGAUGAUGACUUGAUUGCGGGCGAGAUCACUGGUGAUAAUGACAACGAUAGUCUCCAGGAUGGGGAUGAAGGCGAGUGGGAAAGCGAAGAUAUAUCGGACAAUGAUGAAGACGAAGACGGUAUGAACCACCAACUCGAAAACGAUUUGGAAGAUUUUGCCCAAGGAGACCAUCGGUCUAAUCUGCAAGAUGUAUUUCGGCUUCUAGGGGAGCAAAAUAGGAACCGCCUUGAACUCCGCCGGCUUGAAUUAGAUAUGGGUAUGGGAGGAGAACUUCAUAACGACCUUCUAGAUGAUGAAAUGCAUGAUGACCAAGACGAGGACGAAGAUGAAGAGGUAGAUGAACUAGAAGGGCUGGAUGCACUUGACGGAGACGAUCAGUUUCUUCAAACCUUUGAUUUCGACCAUCCGGAACGCUUCAUCAUGCAUGACGCUGAUCCAGCGAUGGAUCAUCAUCGUCACCACCAUGGACAAUUCCGCGGAAUUCCACCCCCUCCAUGGAGUAUGUUUUCUGGAGGUUUAGGGAACCGCCAUGGAAUAAUCCCCAUUCCAAGUUACAGGGCUCAUCGCAAUCAAGUACCACCACGCGGAAACGACGAUGGAACCAACCCUCUGCUACGUCGUAACGACCGCCCCGCCGAUAGUAUGCCUGGAUCCAGAGGUCCUCCUGAAGCUUUAAGUGACUGGGUGCAUGCAAUCGAUCCAAGCCACCAGGGGCGUCUUCUCUCGAUGGAUAGCCCGGUUACAUUCAUGAACGCAAUAAUGCAAGCCCUUGGUCAAGGCGGGGGUGGUUUUGGCGUCAUUAGCCGACCAGAUGGGGUUCAUGUUCGUCUCGAUCAAGGUCAUGUCUUUACCAACCGUAUUCAAGAUUUGUUUGGCCUUGCGCGCCCUCAAACAACAGCUACUCGCCCUCGUGAUGAUCCUUAUCAGGCAGUCACCUUUGCGCUCUCUGUUACUUCGACUCGUUGGCAAGAAGAAGCACGACUGCUCUUCAGUAGUCAUUAUUUAGAGAAAGCUCAGCGAAUUAUCAAUUCACUACUCAAAGUUCUUGUACCUCCGGCCAUCCAAGAGGAAAAGGAGAGACAAAAGAAACUGGAAGAAGAACUCAAGCGCCAGGAAGAAGAGAGAAAGGAAAAGGAACGUCAAGAGCAAAUUGCAAAGGAAGAAGCCGAGCGGGAGAGAAAACAAAAGGAGGAGGAGGAAGCGGCGUUGAGGCGUCAGGAAGAGGUAGAGAGAGCGGAGAGAGCCGCGGAAGAAAAUGCCCAGCGAAGCGCUGAACAUCCUGAAAGUGAGCCGAUGGAUGAUGUCCAGCCUACAGAGACAGAACAAGUUGCAGUCGAAAAUGAGCCAGCAGCUGGUUCUUCAGAACCUGUUCCUCGAGUGCAUACAACUAUCCGCGGCCGACAACUCGACAUCACUGGCAUGGACAUUGAUCCAGAAUAUUUGGAAGCACUUCCUGAGGACAUUCGUGAGGAGGUCAUCAUGCAACAACUUACAGAGCAGAGAUCACAGGCUGCUGCGUCUGGUGAAGAGCCCAGUGAGAUAAAUCCAGAAUUUUUGGAAGCGUUACCUCCUGAUAUCCGUGAUGAACUUUUGCAGCAGGAGGUUGCUGAUCGCCGUCGCCGCGAGCGAGAGGCUGCCCGUCGGAAUGCGGCGGCAAAUGGUAGCGCGUCUGCUGCAGAUGAUAUGGACCCCGCCAGUUUCAUUGCUACAUUGGAUCCCUCUCUGAGGCAAACCGUACUUGCUGAUCAGCCCGAAGAGAUUCUCGCGUCCCUAGGUCCUGAAUUUGUUUCAGAAGCACGUGCACUUACCGGACGAAGGCUUGCUCAGUUUGCCGAUGUAGAUAGAUUGGACCAGCGAUCGCGACCGGAUACUUCUCAACGUGACCAGGGUGCUAAGAAACCCCAACGCCGUCAAAUCGUCCAGAUGCUCGACAAGGCAGGGGUUGCUACCCUUCUGCGUCUCAUGUUCAUGCCUCUUCAGGGAAAUGCGCGGCAUCAUAUCAACGAUAUCCUUCAUAAUGUCUGCCAAAAUCGGCAGAACCGGUCCGAGGUGCUAAGUCUCUUGCUGUUGAUUCUCCAGGAUGGAAGUGCGGAUGUCUCUGCUGUCGAUCGCAGCUUUGCUCAUCUGUCCCUACGUGCUAAAACCGCAACAUCUGCCCAGAGAACGCCACAAUUGAAACGAACUCUAUCAUUGCCAGUUCCCAGUGGCAAUAAUGAUGUAACGCCGUUGGUUGUGAUUCAGCAGUGUUUGGGAGCUCUCUCGUUCCUCACCCAGUACAAUCCCCAUAUUGCAUGGUUUUUCCUCACAGAGCAUGACACAGUCUCAGCUCUUAAAAUGAAAGCAUGGCGAAAGGGCAAGGGCAAGGAACAUAGGGCCUCUAAGUUUGCACUGAACACUCUACUUGCUUUGCUCGAUCGCAAGUCAAUCAUGGAUAGCCCUAGUUGCAUGGAGCAACUAUCGGGUCUUCUCAAUAGCAUCACCCAACCCUUAACGCUUCUCCUCCGAAAAGACAAGGAAAAACAGGAAAAAGAUACUAAAGAAAAAGAGACUAAGGAGAAAGAGACCGAAGUGCCCGAAAAUACUACCCAGGCUGCACAACCUGCGCAAUCUGUGGAAGACAUUAACCAACAAAAUGAAGCAGUUGGAACUGCUGAUGAGGCUGCUCAUCUGAGCGAUACGCCUAUGCUUGAUGUUUCCCCCAACGAGCAAGGACAUGACCGUGCGGAGGGUAGUGAAGAAAUAGCUGGACCAUCUACGGAGGGAAAGGCCGAAUCGCCGAAACCUGUUGAAGAUGACAAGCAGAAAAAGCCCCGGAUCCUUGAACCUCCAGUAGUACCAGAGCACAAUCUUCAACUGGUUGUUCGUAUACUUGCUGCACGAGAAUGCAAUGGUAAAACCUUCCGAGAAACUCUUUCAACUAUCAACAAUCUUUCCUCUAUCCCUGGAGCGAAAGAAGUGUUUGGUAAAGAAUUGAUCGCCCAAACUCAAUCCCUUAGUAAUUCAAUCCUCGUUGACCUCGAUGAACUUCUUCCUCAUAUUGAUCAGGCGGAGACUGGCAUCGACGUUCAGGGUAUGGCGCUCUCCAAGUUUUCUCCCGCAAGUUCGGAUCAAGCCAAACUACUCCGGGUCUUGACAGCGCUUGACUACCUAUUUGAUCCGAAUAGGCUUGAUAAGGAAAAGUUCAGUGAACCUGAGACGUCCAAUAAAGAGGAUGUGUUGAAGACGCUAUAUGAAGGUGCCACGUUUGGGCCCCUGUGGGUGAAAUUGAGCGAUUGCUUGCACGCAAUUCGACAAAAAGAGAACAUGCUCAAUGUGGCCACAAUACUCCUGCCGCUCAUUGAGUCACUGAUGGUUGUGUGCAAGAACACCACCUUGAAAGAUGCUCCUCUUUCAAGACAUGGACGGGAAUAUUCAGUUUCCAGUCCUCCACCAGAGUCUGGAAUGGAAGGGUUAUUCUUCAACUUCACGGAAGACCAUCGCAAGAUUCUCAAUGAACUUGUCCGGCAGAAUCCCAAACUUAUGAGUGGCACGUUUUCUCUUCUGGUUAAGAACCCGAAAGUAUUAGAAUUUGAUAACAAACGCAACUACUUUAAUCGUCGCAUACAUUCGCGCGGCACAGAAAUCAGACAUACCCACGCGCCUCUCCAACUCUCCGUCCGCCGAGAGCAAGUUUUCCUAGAUUCCUUCAAGUCACUCUACUUUAAGUCCGCCGACGAAAUGAAAUAUGGCAAACUCAAUAUCAGGUUCCAUGGUGAGGAGGGUGUUGACGCUGGUGGAGUCACUCGUGAAUGGUUCCAAGUCCUGGCACGCGGCAUGUUCAAUCCCAACUAUGCCUUGUUCAUUCCUGUGGCCUCCGAUCGGACGACAUUCCAUCCGAAUCGCCUCAGCGGAGUUAACCAAGAGCAUUUGAUGUUCUUCAAAUUCAUUGGACGUAUCAUUGGUAAAGCUCUGUACGAAGGCCGUGUUCUUGAUUGCCAUUUCAGCAGAGCAGUUUACAAGCGUAUCCUUGGGAAAUCUGUUUCUAUCAAAGACAUGGAAACUCUGGAUCUCGACUACUACAAAUCUCUCCUGUGGAUGCUUGAAAAUGAUAUAACUGACAUCCUUACUGAAAACUUCUCAGUUGAAUCUGACGAUUUUGGAGAGAAGCAGAUAAUUGAUUUAGUGGAUAAUGGUCGUAAUAUUCCAGUUACUCAGGAGAACAAAGAAGAAUAUGUCCAGCGCGUUGUGGAAUAUCGAUUGGUUGGCUCUGUCAAGGACCAAUUAGAUAACUUCUUGAAAGGCUUCCAUGACAUUAUUCCUGCCGAUCUUAUUGCCAUAUUCAACGAGCAAGAACUGGAAUUAUUGAUUUCUGGGCUUCCCGAAAUUGAUGUGGAUGACUGGAAGAACAAUUCGGAAUACCACAACUAUUCCGCAUCCUCGCCUCAAAUCCAAUGGUUCUGGCGUGCGGUACGCUCGUUUGACAAAGAAGAGCGGGCGAAGCUCCUCCAAUUCGUUACGGGCACUAGUAAAGUUCCGCUUAAUGGUUUCAAGGAGCUUGAGGGUAUGAAUGGGUUCAGCAAAUUCAAUAUCCACCGGGACUAUGGUCAUAAGGAUAGACUUCCUAGCUCCCAUACCUGUUUCAACCAGCUCGACUUGCCUGAGUAUGACAAUUAUGAAACCCUGCGGCAACGGCUCUACACAGCGAUGACGGCGGGCAGUGAAUAUUUCGGUUUUGCCUAG